AUGACCGGCUCCUGCUGCGGCCCCAUCGUCUCCUCCCUGAGCUGCGGCGGAGGCUGCCUCCAGCCCUGUUUCUACCGCGACCCCUGCUGCUGCCGCCCCGUGUCCUGCCAGACCACCGUGAGCCGGCCCGUGACCUGCGUGCCCCGCUGCACGCGCCCCAUCUGCGAGCCCUGCCGCCGCCCAGUCUGCUGCGACCCCUGCGGCCUGCAGGAGGGCUGCUGCCGGCCCAUCACCUGCUGCCCCACGUCCUGCCAGGCCGUGGUCUGCCGCCCCUGCUGCUGGGCCACCACGAGCUGCCAGCCCAUCUCUGUGCGGUCCCCGUGCUGCCGGCCCACCUGCUGCCGGCCCGCCCCCUGCCGCACCACCUGCCGCACCUGCAGGACCUCCCCCUGCUGCUGA